AUGCCUUUUUCAUGUCCUGUUGCGAAUUCUAUAUCGGAAUUAUCUGAUAGUCAAAUUCAAACUAUUGUUGAUUAUUUCUCCAAGAAUCCAAACACUGAAUUACCAGAUGAUCGGGAUGGCACUAUUAUCGAUUUCGAAGAGGAUAUUUCGAAUGAUCAGGAUAAUGUAUUGGUUUCAGUAACGCGGGUGAGCUUGAAAAAAUUGGAUGCCAAGGUAAAGGUGGUGCCACCUAUUCCUCAACCCGAGACUCUAGUCCAUGACCGUUCCUAUUUUCGCAACAAGACAUUGGAUCAAUAUCCUAAUUUAUAUAGAGAAUUUAGUAGUGAAGAUUUUGAUUAUUAUGGAAUUAAUGAUGAGACAUUAUGCCCAUUAUGCAAGUUAGAUCAUGAUGAUGAGGAAGGUAUAGAUGGUAUGUAUAAAUCUGAAUCUUACUUUAUUAAAUGUGAACAGCGCGAAAUUGAGAUAACUGCAUAG